CAUUGUGACUCAUCUUGUAGAUAAUAUCAUAGCUAACAGCAACUGAGCUAUGGAGGAUUUGAACAAACUUAGAAAUGAGAUCUUAGAUUUUCAGAUAAAAGAAUUAUCAGGUGUGACGAGGGUCUUGUUGCAGGUAUUUGGCUCAGCUGGGCACGGCAAGUCAUCCUUCGUUAACUCCAUCAGUUAUGCCCUUAUUGGUGGUAAUUUUAAGACAACUGCACCAGUGGCCUCUGGGUCAGAAGCAUUUGGUGGGCUGACUACAAUAAGGCACUCGUACAAGCUCACUGAUCUAAUCACCGCAGUAGACAACCGAGGCUUUGGGAAGAUGGACAGCUACGAGACUCAGGAAAUUUAUGCCCAACUAGCUAAUAUUCUUCCUUUGGAUGAACCAGUGCAAUGGAGUGAUACCUCUUUUGCAGACACUUUGAAGAAAGUGUAUGGAGCACAGUUACUGAGUGAAGACCUUAUUGUCCCUAUAUAUGUCUACAGUGUAGAGGAAACACUCAAUAAAGAGAGAGCAGGAGAAAUCAGCUCAUUACUCAAAAUUGCUCAACAAAUGUCAGGUAUACUUCCUAUUGUCGUCCUUACUAAAAAAAACAAAGGUGACGCUCACAAAGUUCAAAAGAUGUUUGUAGAAAUUGGGAUGGAAAAUAUAUACCCAGUAGAAAAUUACACUCCUGAUGACAAUGUGAAAACACCCGGGAAAGACAGACAAUUCCUUGUUAUCUUAUCUGAGGCUUUACAGCUUGCGGAAUUUAGGAUGAAAACUGUUGCUGAUCUACAUCAGGACCAUGAAGAGCGGAUGCAGCAGUUGCUUCUCAUGGCAUGUGAGAGGGAAAAAGAAAAAGCCCUAGAAGAACAACAAAGAGUCUUUGAAAAGGAAAAGAAUGAAUUAAAUGAAAAAAUAGAAAAAGCAAACAAGAAAUGGUGCAUAUUGUCAUAAGCAAAAGUAUUGUUGUAGGGGGGCCGGAGCAAGCCUGGGAACCGAGCGGUUGUAUGUCAGCAUAGCUCCGGCUAUAUACUAUUAAUAAUUAUUUACCUAACUGCUCAGCCCAGCUUUUGUGCCACAAUAAGGGGUCUGCAGGUUUGUGGAACAAAAUCAAAAAGCCCAGGGACUUAAAAUCUCCAGCAAGCCUAGAAUUUAAGCAUAUUCUGUGACGAUUACUACUGGGACCUCAGAGAAGCGGCCAUUUUCCAGUUAGCGGCAGGGGAACUACCAACCUCAAACAAUUUCCCUAUUUAAAGUGCCAGAGAAUAGACAGCUCAGAGUAUGGAGAUGGCUGGUGCUGACAUUUACAGACUGAUGUCAGAUUUUGAGCGAAAUAUACUUGGGAGAUUUGACAGCCUUGAAGUACAGCUACGCGGCAUGCGUAUGGGGUCGGCCAUGUUUGACUCCUUGACUUGCACGGGGCCUAACGGGCAGAGCAAAGGAGACCAAAUGCACACGCAGCAUGAGCCUGUCUAUUCACAGAGGAACAGAUGUGAAGAGCCGGCACCCCUGACCCCUUUUCGGAAGAUGAGGCUAGCACCCAGCAGGCAGCUGGAUCAAUUAAAAGGUCAGCCACAGACAUAAAGUCCACUGAGAGUCUUGAUGUACAGAUGACGCUCUCUUCAACUUAAAUAGGGUACGAACGAUACCUAUGUAGAGCCCGGGUCUCCUACAAGCGUCCUGAAAUCACUCCACCCCUAAGACUUGAUGCGGCCACUGUGAAAUCAAGGGCUGGAGGCCGUGAGGAAGAUCGCUUCUUUCACCUGCAGGUCCGGGAGUCUCGCCUUGGAUUUGUUAAUUUUGCUUCCAUGCAAACAGGAUAGACAGACU